AUGCCUCAUCCACCUAUUCUUCGCGGCAUUCAGUUGGUCGUUGACGCUCUUCAAAGAGCUGGUCACACUGUUGUCGAGUGGCGACCUUACAAGCACAAAUAUGCCGUUGACCUGAUCGGUUCGAUUUAUAGAGCAGAUGGUGGCGAAGACAUUCGAAAUGUUGUGACCUUAGGCGGUGAACCAUUAAUAUCAAAUAUUGCCAAUAUUAUUGGUCCUGGAGUAAAAGAGAAAAUUGAUCUUAAUGUUAUGUGGGAUAUUCAAAUAAAGAAGUACGAAUAUCAACAAGAAUACUUGGCAAUCUGGAUGGAAAGAAAUGAAAUUAAUGCUUGGAUACAACCCAUAGCUCCUCAUGCCGCCAUUAGACACGAUCAGUACAAAUAUGGUGGUUACACAUCUGUGAUUAAUCUGCUCGAUUAUCCAGCUGUCGUCGUUCCAGUGACGUUUGCCGAAAAAGAGACAGACAUUACGGAUCUGAACUAUAAAGCCAUCAGUGAUUUGGACAGACAAGUGCAUGAUGAUUAUCAGGCGGAUGUCUACAAUGGUGCACCAGUAGCCGUACAGAUUAUUGGGCGACGAUUGCAAGAAGAAUAUGUUAUUGGUCUUGCUGAACAAGUUGGAAGAGCUUUGGGUUCUUCAUAA